CUAAUAAUGAAUAUUCCACAGUGGUGCAAAUACCCAAGGCAAGUGAGCUUGAAUGGAUUUUUUCCCUGAAUGAAGAGGAAAAUGAAAUUGUACGCAGUGAAUUUUAUUAUGAACAGGCUCCCAGCUCUUCCUUGUGUAUUGCCAUCCUUAGCCUGCAUAGUGACAGCAUAGCGUGUGGCCACCAAUUGAUAGAGCACUGCUGCAAGUUGUCCCAAGGGCUCACUAAUCCUGAGGUGGAUGCUGGUCUCCUUAUGGACAUCAUGAAACAAUUGCUCUUCAGUGCCAAAAUGAUGUUUGUAAAAGCUGGAAGGAGCCAGGAUCUAGCUCUCUGUGACAGCUACAUCAGCAAAGUGGAUGUGUUGAAUAUUUUGGUUGCUGCUGCCUACCGUCCAAUACCAUCUUUGGAUCAGAUUCUUCUCCCUGCAGCAGUAACAAGAUUAAGAAAUCGGCUUCUGGAGGCAGAGUACUAUCAACUAGCUAUAGAGGUUUCUACAAAAUCUGGGUUGGAUCCAGGUGGAGCAUGGCAUGCCUGGGGCAUGGCUUGCCUUAAAGCUGGAAAUUUAAGUUCAGCAAGAGAGAAGUUUAACCGUUGUUUAAAGCCACCUAUGGAUCUAAACCAGCUGAACCAUGGUUCAAGGCUAGUCCAGGAUGUGAUACAAUAUCUGGAGUCAACAGUGAAGCCCAUACUUAUUGCGGUAAGAGUCUUCUGUUCUGUCUGUUCUGAAGGGCUAUAGCAAAGCCAAGUAAUGAUGAUUUAAUAUGUAUCUUAUAGCAAUGCAUGUUACAGUAUC